CUAACCAAUAAACUCAAGCGAAUAAAGUUUGAAGCUGAAGAUAGUAGGAACGAAGAACAGGACUGCAAGAAAAAGAGAAACAAGGGGAAAAGAAAAUGGAGAUACAGCAAUCGUGGAGACUGAGAUUAUCUUUCAAGAGUGCAACCAUAGCGUUGAAUAUAUUUAACGUGUUAGCUGCUCUCUUCUUGCUUCAAUGGUUUCUUUCUUCUGCAUCAUCUCGUACCAAACUCUCCUCUAACCAACCCAAUUCAGUUGAGUUCAAUUACAUUAAGGAAUCUGAAGAGAUACGCCUUGCUUUGCAACCUUUGGAACUGAUAAAAAGGGUGAAGGAGAUUCAGCAAGAGGCAUAUGCAGAACCAGAAACAGUGCAACCAAAUGAUGCAAAACAAACUGCUGCAGUUGAUCUUUCUAAAAGAUUGAAGGACUUCCGUUCUCUAAAUGACGCUGCCAGCUUGAAAGCUCUAGAAGAAUGGCGAAAAAGGAAAAUGGAGCGAGCUAGACAGAGGGAGAUGGAGAAAAAUGGAACAGUCACCUCUCAAGCUUAAUCCCCAUUUAUGCGUAAAAUUUGAGGUUGGAUUCGUAAAUUAUAGGCAAUUGAUAUAGUUAUAAAGAAAACUACUCCUAUACAUGUAGAUAUAUCCAACUGUUCUAUGGAACACCAUUGAACUACCCAUGAUUGUGAUAGAUACUUCAUGAUGUGAUGAUAAUGCGAACCAAGUCUCAUCCUUCUUGUUUUAUUUGCCAAUUGAUACAUGAUGGCAUGAUACCACAGAAA